AUGUCGCAGCGGCAUUUAAUGAAGAAGCGAGCAUUUGGUCAUUUUUUGGCCAUCCACUUCGUGCCCGUCGCGAUCACCUCGGUCUUGUUCUGGGUUUACCUUGACGGUUUCCAGUGGAGGGCAAACGACAUUCAGUUGAAGACCUUGCUAUUCGCUGCCAAGCUGCACGAGUAUUUGAUAGUGGUCUCGCUCGGCGACAUUUUAUUUCACCGCAUCCGUUAUAACCUGUUGACCAGCCGGGGCGUUUCGUUCGGUCUUUUGGUCUCCCCAUUCCGCGUCUCGGACCCUUGUUCCCUCUUUCAGAGUCCCUUCAUGGCCUCAGCAGGAUUUACACUAAAGAAGGCACCAGAACUCUUCACAAUCUUACUCGUUGUUGUCGUCUCCGUCUUGGCGCUGCUUGCUGCCCCAAGCUCAGGUGUUCUCAUGACCCCGAGGUAUGAUUGGUGGCAGAUUCCCAAUGGCGAGGGUGCCAUGGCACGGUUCAAGAAACAGGACCUGGAUGAUGCAGUCUACAUCGGAGCACUAUUUGAGGAUUUAUUUCCUUUGCUCAUAGACGGCCGCUUUGUGCCGGACAGUGCCAGAGACACUCGCCUUGAGACAGCAAGCUUUUCCGACCGGUUCGAGCACAUACUAUCCGGAUUGGACCAGAUCCUAGUUGACGGGAGCUUGGGGGCGAAUGCGAACGUCACGGUCGUAGACGGUGCGACAGUCGAUUCGUUCGCGCUGGCCUACCAGGAGGAGACUCUGGACGACUGCGAAUUCAAGACGUGCCAGAGAAUCGCUAGUAUGCGGAAUACAACUGUGGACGAGGUCCACGCAGCCGGUAUUGACUGCCUUGACAUAAUUUAUCCGGAUAAGUGGACUAAGCUCGACUACCGGCUGUACCAGCAACUGCACGCCUACAAGUUCGAAGGGUCGAUCAUAAAGCUCUCAAUGACUGUUCUGUUAGUACACAUGAUGCUUGUCUACGCUCACCUCCUGCUACUCGCAGCAGGCGACGGCUGGUGCAGCAGGGCAUGGUCGGGGCUUGGGGAGCUGAUAGCGUUGGCGAUCCUCACACAACCAAGCCCACUGCUGCAGAAUGCUGGAGGCGGGAUCAAGAACUGGCAAACGUGGAAGCUGCGAACUUUUGUAAGGGAGGUCACUCCUGAGGGAAGGCUGGAGCUCGUUCUAAAGGAAACCGUGGGUUCUCCGAGGGUGCUGGUGGAGCUGGAGGACGGGCAAGAAACGGCCUUGGUUGAGCCUGAAGCCGACAGAAGCAAGCUUCUGUUGCAUCUCGUCAAGGACAUCGAAGCGGGCCCUAGUGCCCACCGGCACCAAGCCGACGACAUCCGACAACUCGGAUUGCUUGUCGAAGAUAUUGUCAAGACCCCACAAGGAUUCUCAGGCAUGCGAGAGGAAAUCAACGCGCUCUGCGACAACGGCGGCACAGCACUCGACGUGAAGCUGGCCACGACUCUGAAUGAGUUUCUCCAACCGCAGUCCGAUAUCUCGAUCCAUGACGCGGCGCAGUCCAUUCUGACUCUCCUGCCGGCGGACAAGCCCUAUUCUGACGAGGGCUUCACAUUCGCAAGUCUCGUCGUGGAGGUCACCGUGCAGAUCCCAUACCAGCACCCCACCCACGCCAGGCUGGUGCGGCUCCUGAAAUACCUCACCCGGUCGCCGAAACUAGUAUCCCGAUCGACCAUGGAGGGGGAGGAAGAGCUUUGUGUCAACUUCCAGGCCCUGGGCGAGCAGCUCAGAGACAACUUCCAAGGUCCCGAGGCGGAAGAGACGCCGCUCGAGUGGGUCAACUACCACGCCUUCCUCGCACAGCUCGAGGCUACAGGUGUGUGGACGACGAGGAUGCCCACGUUUGCGGUCUGGGAGAUGCGUGAUGCCUUCGAGACGGAGAGGGGCGGGGAGGGCGAGGGUCAGCUAGCCAGCUCCACGAGUACCAUGUCAUGGCGGCUGCACAGUGGAUCCUCUGGGAUGAGCAAUGAGAAAGAGGUCGCACCGCCAAAGGAUCAGACGCAAGGCUUUGCAGCGAAACACGCGUCCUACCUAAAAUUUCCAAAGGACAAUCCCGACUUUGACGAGCUGGCAGAAGAUAUACGAAGAGGGCAGGCAUUCGAGGCAGGCCUGGCGAGGAGACGCGAGGGCAAGGAGACUUUCUUCUUCUACGGGACUCUGAUGGAUCCUGCGAUCGCACAAGAGGUGCUGGGACUAUCGGAGCCUCCGGUUCUAAAGCCUGCUUUGCUCAAGCAUCGGGGUCACCUGAGAAUGUGGGGCCCCUAUCCGGCAUUUAUGGCGAACCAAGACCCAAGAGUGGACGUCAAGGGAGUGGCCUGUGAGAUCGAAGGGACUGAGAAGAAGGACCGGCUGGCAAUGUAUGAAGGCGAUAAGUACGACGAGGCCAAGUGCUUUAUCAAUCUUGUCACCGAGGAUGGCGAAACGGACUUCAUUGUUGCGAGGGUUUUCGAUUGGAUUGGGGACGAGGACGAGUUGAGCGAUGGAUCAUUUGACCUAGAGGUAUACAAACUGGCCAAGGCAAAGCUCUACCAUUGCAAGGUGUGA